GGGACAAGUGGCUAAGGAAGAAGUACAUGGGGGCAUGGAGGCAUGGAUCAAUCCGGAUCAACACAAUGACUCCUGGAUUUCCCAUGUUUUCCAUGUAAAGGGCAAGGAGCAAGACAAAAAUAACAUCACCUGCAGGACUGUAUUGCACGAAAUCACCACUGACUUCCCCAAAAACCUUCUUUUUCUACCUUCCAGCUUGCUUCAUAAAUCAGAACCAGAUUUUUUCCAGGCCAAGACAUUCUCUGGGCCAAGACUCCAAACCACCAGGUAACACCCAGCCAUGGGAGGAAACCACACACAGCCCAAAUUCAUCCUCCUGGGAAUUACAGACACUCCCUGGGAACAGGCCCCUCUUUUUGGGCUCUUUCUGUUGAUUUACAUCGUAACUUUGGCAGGGAACAUUGGGCUGAUAGUCUUGGUUUGGGUGGCUCCCAGCCUCCACACCCCUAUGUACUUCUUCCUCACCCACUUUUCCCUGGCCGACGUCUGCUAUUCCACCAUCAUCUCCCCCAAAAUGCUCACGGAUCUGUUAUUUGGGAAUAAAACGAUUUCCUGGGCUGGCUGCGUGACACAAUUCCACCUCUUUGCUCUCUUUGUCACGGCCGAGUGUCACCUCCUGGCCGCCAUGGCCUACGACCGGCUGGUGGCCGUCUGCCACCCCCUGAGCUAUGUCAUGGUCGUGUCCCCCCGGGCCUGCUGGCAGCUGGUGGCCUGGUCCUACCUCGUGGCCUCCCUCAGUGCCCUUGUCUACACUGGCUGCACGUUUGGGGGCUCCUUCUGUGGGCCCCGCCACAUUGAUCACUUCUUCUGCGACGCCAGCCCCGUGCUGAGGCUGGUGUGCUCCGACACCCGCGGCAGCGAGGUCGCCAUCUUCGCCCUGGCCACCGCCAAUGGGCUGGGCACCAGCGUGGUCAUCCUGCUCUCCUACGGCCGCAUCCUCCACACCGUCCUGGGGAUGCGCUCGGCGCCCAGCAGGGCCAGAGCCUUCCACACCUGCGCCUCCCACUUGGUGUCCGUGUCCGUGUUCUACGGCACCCUGUUCUUCAUGUACUUGCAGCCGGCGUCCCGGCACGGCAGCCGGGACAAGGUGGCCUCUGUCUUCUACACCGUGGUCAGCCCCAUGCUCAACCCUUUCAUCUACAGCCUGAGGAACAAGGAGGUGAAGGUAGCGCUGGGGAAGUGCAGGAGGAAGAUGUUAAACCUCUGCCGGCAUCAGAGAAGUGCAGCUAAUGGCAUCAGGGAAUCCUGGAAUGUUUUCAGUUGGAAGGGACCUUAGAGAUCGUCUUGUCUGACAUGCCAUGGGUGGGGAUACCUUCCAGUAUCCCAGGCUGCUCCAAACCCCAUCCAAUCUGGCCUGGAACUCUUCCAGGGAUGGAGCAGCCACAGCUUCUCUGGGCAGCCUGUGCCAGGGCCUCACUCCCUCACAGGGAAGAAUUUCUUCCCAGAAUCCCAUCUAAACCUACUCUCAGCUUAAAGCCAUUCCCUGUUGUCCUGCCACUCCAUAACUGUUCCUCUAA